UUUCCUUCUGGUCAUACUAUGAGAGCCUUUACUAUCUGCUCUUAUCUUUCUUUUCGCAUUCCUUUGCUGAAAUCUUGGUUGCCGUUUCUUCGAAGUGAGCUUGUCAGUAUUUUAUUCGUUUGCUGUCUCUUUUUUUGGGCUUGCUUGGUUGCGAUUUCUCGAAUAGGAAGAGGACGACAUUUUGCUUUAGACUGUUAUGCGGCAAGUGUUUGCGGAAGAGUAACUUCCCUUGUAUUAUUGACUUGUACUGUUGACCGAUUUCUAUCCACAAGUUUCUUCAUCUUCAUUAGUAAAUUAAGGAUAAUAAGCUAUUUUCUAUGAAAGUCACGAGAGGCGACAUAUUACGCUUCAUUUCUGUC